UGCUCGGAGCCAAGCCCCGGCGAGCGGCCGAGCGUCGCGACGGAGGCGGCCCUGGGGCGGCGGUCGCCUGGAGCCGGCUCCGGGGUCGGGCCGGGCCGUGGGACGCGCCUGGCGGAGCAGCGCCAGCGCUCCCCACUCUAGCCUGGUGCGGGCGGCGGCCGGGCCGGGCCGGAACCGGGCGAACCCACUGCCCCGGCAGCCGCACGGGCGAGCUGUGCCCGGCCCUGGCCUUCUGCCGAGCCCCUCUCGCGACCUGGAUUGCGCCUUGCCGAGCUGGCAGCCUCGGUGGUUUGUUUUAGACAAUGGGAUAUUGUCAUACUAUGAUUCCCAGGAUGAUGUUUGCAAAGGCAGCAAAGGAAGUAUAAAGAUGGCUGUGUGUGAAAUAAAAGUUCAUGCAACAGACAACACAAGAAUGGAGCUAAUCAUCCCAGGGGAGCAGCAUUUCUAUAUGAAAGCAGUUAAUGCAGCUGAAAGACAAAGAUGGCUGGUAGCACUGGGGAGUGCAAAAGCCUGUUUAGCAGAUACAAGAACAAAAAAAGAAAAAGAAAUAAGUGAGACCAAUGAAUCUCUUAAAACCAAAAUGUCUGAACUUCGUCUCUACUGUGAUCUUCUAAUGCAGCAAGUUCAUACCAUACAAGAAUUUGUUCACCAUGAUGAGACUCGCUCUCCUCCCAGCAUUGAGAACAUGAAUGAAGCCUCUUCCUUGCUUAGUGCCACAUGUAAUACAUUUAUCACAACACUUGAAGAAUGUGUGAAGAUCGCUAAUGCCAAGUUUAAGCCAGAAAUGUUCCAGCUGCCUCACCCUGAUCCCUUGGUUUCUCCUGUGUCACCAUCACCUAUUCAAAUGAUGAAGCGUUCCAUUAGCCACCCUGGUCCUUGCUCUUCAGAAAGGAUUAAUCACUCUGUAAAAGAACCAGGUUUAUCUCUUCACCGAUUUUCUCAGAGGCGCAGACGAACAUACUCGGAUACAGAAUCUUACAGUGAUACACUUUCUGAAGAUUCUCAGAGAUCUGCCCAUUGUUCUAGAAGUGCUGUCAAUGGAGAUCUGGUAUCAUCAACCAUUCCUGAAGAAAGUAAAUCAGUGUCAAAGGAAAGAUCUGAACUGGAAGAGACUCUUUCAUCCUUUCCCUCCUGAAGCAACUGAAAGUAUUAAAUUUUCUAUAAAUAAUGCUAUGCAAAAGCUGCUGUAAUUAUACUGUUGUUAUAGGAAGUAGUUAUUUCCCUUUUUAGAAGGAUUUCUCUGCACUUUAUAGAAUAACGCAAAUACUAUCUUGGAAGUGUAUUUUAUCUUUAUAUAGUUUAUUUGCAAGAGUAUUUUCCUAAUAUUUCACAGUUUGAAUGUGCAUUUUUUGGAAAAAAUGAUGGCUUUAACAGAUAAGAAUCAACAUUUGUAAAUGCAGCUCUUUUUAAAAAAGUGUGGAGAACUGACUGAUAUGUUAGUAAACAAGCAUUAUAAACUUCAGCAAAAAGUUUUCAUUUUUUUGGAGAAAAUGCAACUUGUGCCAUGGGCCUCUUGGUCAUUUGUACCAGGUCAUCCACGUGGAGCUGUGAUUAGCCCCACAAUGGCUUUUUUUUUUUUUUUUUUGCCAGUGUUAGGGCUGUGGGAAUGGGCACUAAUAGCUCUGCUCCAGCAGCUUGACGGUAAUUGACAUUGCCGCCUUUAAAAACACAAGGAUAUACAUAAUCCAGUCCUUAUUUUUAGGCAAUGAAAGUAGAAAUAUUUAGUGUAUUUUUCUAAACAAAUGUAUAAAAAUAACUUAAUAUGAAGUAUUUGUACCAAACAUGGGAUAUUUAAUAGUUUUUAUUUAUUUAUUCUUUUUUGCAUCAAAAAUUUCUACCUACUUUCACUACUAAAGGUCUAAAGAUCUACUAAAAGCUUCAAAAUGUGCAUAAAUUGUUUCUGGGGUGUGUAGCAUUACAAAUAAUUAAUACAGUGCUGUUAAGAUUUACUCUGCUUACUUAAGAUGUGUUCUUAGCAAAGUGUGAUAAAAACAAGAGCUGAAAUGUUAGACCGUUCUAAGCUGCUGUACUAAUGAAUAUUUGUAUCUAUAUAUGUUUUAUUUAUGACAUAUUUAUACAAAAGGGACCGUCUGUUUUUGCAACUCCUUUAUAUCAUUUGAGGAUGGUAUACACCAGAAGAUGGAUUCUGCUCUCAUUUGCAUCAGUGUAAAUUUGCAUUAACUGUAAGUGAGGUCAGAGUCUGAUUCUCUUAAUAAUUAAUGAGUAAUAUAGUACAAUAGUGCCUACUAGCACCUUGGUCAAGAAGGUUGUUAAUGUUAGCAUUGUAAGCUUUUGGGGAUUUUUUGGGUGUUUGUUUAGGGAUGAACUUUGUUAAUGAGGUCUUAGCUGUAGAGCACUUGAAGCAAGCCAUUUACUGUUUUUGAUUUACACAACUGCUAAAUAAAUGUACAGGGUUUUUUGUACUCAAGCACAUACCAAAAUCUGUUUUUAUAAUCAGAUCUUUAAUUUGGUUUAACUAAGUCUUCCUUUUGUGUAUAUAAGUAAUAUGAAGCAGGCUGGAAAGAACAGAUGGAAAGGGAGCUUUCCUUAAAAAUUUUUGGAAUGUUGAUUUAUCUAAAUCAAAAUAGGUCCAAAUGUUGAGGAAAAACAUAUGAGCUGUUGGUCUUAAUAAAUUGCCAGUUUAUAAACCAUUAUGUCUGGUUCAAGUGGAGUGGAAUGGUUUGUAAAAGGGGUUUGUGGAUACCAGCUCGGAGCUGUCAUUUGUGCUCAGUUCUGUCAGUUUUCAUGCAAACUGGUAUAUGCAUAUCAGCCACACACAUGCUUGUACAUUUUUUUUUUCUGAAUGUUUGUUUUAAUGUAUUCUGUAUGACACAACAGUUGUAAAAAUAAGUAUUAAAGAAGAUGUUCAGAGAAGUAAACUA